CGCCUUUUAGAAAAUUGUCUCUACGUGAAGGCUGAGAAGUGCGCCUUUCAUGUCUCCUCUGUCACAUUUCUCGGUUCUGUUAUUUCCGCUGAAGGCAUUCAGAUGGAUCCCGCUAAGGUCCAGGCUGUCAGUGAUUGGCCCGUUCCAAGGUCACGUGUCGAGUUGCAGCGCUUUCUAGGUUUCGCUAAUUUCUAUCGGCGUUUCAUUCGUAAUUUUGGUCAAGUUGCUGCCCCUCUCACAGCUCUUACUUCUGUCAAGACGUGCUUUAAGUGGUCCGGUUCCGCCCAGGGAGCUUUUGAUCUCCUCAAGAAGCGUUUUACAUCCGCUCCUAUCCUUGUUACUCCUGACGUCACUAAACAAUUCAUUGUCGAGGUUGACGCUCAGAGGUGGGUGGGAGCCAUUCUAUCCCAGCGCUUCCAGUCUGACGAUAAGGUCCAUCCUUGCGCUUAUUUUUCACAUCGCCUGUCGCCAUCGGAACGCAACUAUGAUGUGGGUACACAACUGCUCGCCAUCCGCUUAGUCCUGGACUUUGAACAGGCUGACCCCAAGAGGUGA